UUGAAAGUGAGGGUUUUUUGUGAACGGCCGUCCAAAGUUCCAAAUCUCCUCAUCAUUCUCCUCUCAUUGAACAUGAUUGAUGGAGUCCUGGUGGAGCUCAACUCGUCAUAUGUGUUAAAGAGUUCCAUUAUUUUUUCAACCUAUAGAAAUUUGAGAUCAACUCAUGAAGUUGUUAUGAGGAAUCAUCGGGCUAUCAAAUUGGAGAAAAGAAAUUCACAAAUAUUACCUAUUUGUGCACAGGUCAUGAAGUGCCUUAUUAUUCCCGCUACAUGUGUAACCAUUGGCAGCUGCUACAUCAUCCUUACAUCUGAACAAGUGAACAAG